AUGAGCGCCCCCUGGUGGGAGUACAUGAGCGCCCCCUGGUGGGAGUACAUGAGCGCCCCCUGGUGGGAGUACAUGAGCGCCCCCUGGUGGGAGUACAUGAGCGCCCCCUGGUGGGAGUACAUGAGCGCCCCCUGGUGGGAGUACAUGAGUGCCCACGGGCAGUGCCACCUGUGUGAUGCCACCUGUCAGCAGUGCUCCGGCCCCGAGAGGGAGGACUGCAUCCACUGCCCCCCCACCAGGUUUUUUGAUGAAGGGCACUGUGUCAUCCGCUGCCCAAAGGGGCGCUACACCCUGGACAAACAGUGUUACCCCUGUCACCACACCUGCCACGAGUGCACGGACGCUGGGCCCGACAACUGCACCAGCUGUGACAAAGACGUCCAUGGGGUGGCGCGGUUCCUGUUCGAGGGUCAGUGUCGUCUGUCGUGUCCGGAGGGUCACUUCCACUCCCCGCGCAGUCGCUGUGAGCUGUGCCCCGACCACUGCGCCUCCUGCUCCUCCGCUCUGCUCUGUCAGCACUGUGAGCCCGGCUACAGGCUGAAGGGGGCGCUGUGCGUGCCGCUGCAGUGCGCCAAAGGUGAGGUGACAGACGCCCGGGGAGAGGUGUGUGUCCCCUGUGACGAAGGCUGUAAACAGUGUAAACACAAGGAGGGGUCAGACCCAGCGCUGCCUCCUGUGUGUGUCCAGUGUGAAGACGACUAUUAUCAGUCGGGGUCGGACUGUCACAGGUCGUGCCCGGAUCGGACCUACAGUCUGGAGGAGACGAAGCGGUGUGCCCCCUGUGAAGACGAGCACUGCCUCAACUGUGACCAGAGCGAGUGUUACUGGUGUGAGAGCGGAUUCUACGUGUCCGGAGGGGAGUGUGUGAAGCGCUGCAGGCCCGGCUCGUUCGUGGAUGAGAAGAAUCAGGCGUGUGAGCCGUGUCACCGCUCAUGUGUGACCUGCGGGGGGCCCCAGUACGACGACUGUGACUCGUGUAAGGACGGACUCACUCUGAGGGAGGGCGAGUGUCUGAAGAGGAGCGAGCUGGAGGUCUGCAGCCACGGAUCCUUCAAGGACGAUGUGGGGCGGUGUCUGCUCUGCUCAUCGUCCUGCGCCUCCUGUUCCGGCCCCAGAAUGACCGACUGCCUCAGCUGUCCUCCAGAUCAGUUCCUGACGUCUGAGCAGAGUUGCUCCAGUCGCUGUCCCGCUGGGACCUUCUCCAACAGGACGUCUGGCCGCUGUGAGGAGUGCUCCCGCGGCUGUGUGGCGUGUGAGCGCCCCCUGCAGUGUCUGCGCUGUCACCACGGACUCGUGCUGCAGGACGGAGCCUGUGUGGAAAACUGCCUCAGAGGUUUCCCCCGUGACGGUGUGUGUUUGCCCUGCCUGCCCCAGUGUCUGUCCUGUCAGGGAAACGCCUCCACCUGCCUCAGCUGUGAGCCGCCUCACCUGCUGCUCGACCACACCUGCUGGGGGCGCUGUCCGGACGGCUACUACAGCUCAGGGUCAGAGUGCACGGCCUGCCCCCCCGACUGCAGAGAGUGCAACCAGGACGGACUCUGCACAAAUUGCGCCGAGUUCUACUUCCUGCACAAGGCUGCGUGUGUGGAGGACUGUCCCGUCGGGUUCUUCGUGGACACGGGGGGUCAGGAGUGUGUGAAGUGCCACAGCGAGUGCUCCUCCUGCGACGGACCCGACUCAGACGACUGUAUCGUCUGUGCCCACCCCAAAGCUGUGAGGUACAGGGGGCAGUGCCUGGGCCAGUGCCCCAGCAACACCUACUACGACCAGGCCACCAACGAGUGCAGAGAGUGCGACGUGACGUGCCUGACCUGCUCGGACCACCUGCCCUCCUCGUGCAUCUCGUGUCCAGAGGGACGCCUGCGCGACGCCUCGGGCCACUGCGUGUGGUACAGCCUCUGUGCCAUGCACUCGUACGUGGACUCGAACGGAGAGUGUCAGAAGUGCCACUCGUCCUGCCACCGCUGCUCCGGACCCGGGCACGACCACUGCUUCAGCUGCAACGCCCCCAACUUCCUGCUCAAUUCUUCGUGCGUCUCUCAGUGUCCUGACGGUUUCUUCGCCGACUCUUCAGAUGAGCCAGUUUGUGCUCGAUGCCACUGGAGCUGUGCCCAGUGCAGCGGGCGCCACAGCCUCCAGUGUGACCGCUGCAAACCCGGGUACUACGCCCAGGCAGGAGGCUGCGUGCACACCUGCUCCCCCAGUCACUUUGGAAACCCCGUGUCGAUGGUGUGUGAGCGCUGUGACCCGUCGUGUGACGCCUGCAGUGGCCCCGGGGCCUCGCACUGUCUGAGCUGUCGGGAGCACUUCUUCUACCUGCCCCACAGGGGGCAGUGUGUGCAGCACUGUCCCGACGGAUACUACCAACACGACAAGAGCAAGAGCUGCCAAAAAUGCCACGCCUCCUGCAAAACCUGCGAAGAUGAGGGCGCCAUUUUCUGCCGGUCCUGUUUUGAAGGAUACAGAUAUUUUGGAGGCAUUUGUGAGUCUAACUGUGUCGUGGGCGAGUACCAGACCUCUCCUGCAGUGGACGGGGGGAAGCUGGAGUGCGCUCGGUGUCACAGCUCGUGUGUGGACUGUAGGGGCCCGUCUGCCUCACACUGCACCGUGUGUCCGGCCCUGCAGAUGCUGUCAGACGACGGCCGCUGUCUGAGCUGCUGCGGGAAGGAGUAUGUGAAAGACGGAGAGAGUUUCUCCUGGGAAUGCUGCGACUGCACGGCCUCCAGCGACGAGUGCGUUCUCAGCGUCAACAGUCAACUGCGCCACAUCUUCGACGCAGAGCAGAGUUCGGCGCCCAGAGUCUUCGUCACCGUCUGCGUCCUCCUCAUCCUCUCCGUGGGCGCGGCCAUCUUCUACUACCUCCAGUACGUCCGCCUCCGCUCCGCCGCGCCCGCGACCAAAGGGGGCGGCUACGAAAAGCUCUCGCCCAACGGCACGCUGGCCUCGCCCACCACGGAGUUCGACGAGCAGAGCCGCCGCAUCAUCGAGUGCGACGACGACGACGACGAUAACGGCGAAGACGAGGACAUUGUGUACAUGUCUCAGGACGGGACGGUCUACAGGAAGUUCAAGUACGGGCUUCUGGACGAGGAGGAAGUGGAUCUGGAGUACGACGACGAGAGUUACUCCUUCAGGUGAACACCAGGGGGCAGUGUUCAGGUUUAAACAGGCUGCGCUCACGGGACGGCAGGAAAAUCUCGCGAGUUUAACGUGAGCUGCAGGUCAGAACUCUCUCGUGGAGUUUUUGCGUUAAUCCGUGUGUCAUUCGUUCAUUCGUUUUUCAAAAUAAAACCAAAAAUAAGAAAAUGAAAAAACAACGAUUUUCUUCAUUAUGUGACUCCAAAACCAAAAUGAACCGUUUCCCAUUUCUG